CCGCCCGCCCUGGGUCGCUAGGUGAUGACGUUAGCACUUUGAAGCCGAGUGCCCGUGUCUUCCGCUCCCCGGCUUCUUAGUGGCUGCGGUGGCGGAUUCUGCAGCCUGCUUUUGUUGGGACCCUUCCGAAGCUUUCUCCGUCUGCGAGAGAAGGACCACGGAACCAAGUCGGUGAGUGAGAUGGGGAAAGUGAGUCUCUGGGGAAUUAACUGACUUGACUAUGAUCACACCAGUAAAUGAGCAAGCUACUUCCAAAGAAAGAGUGAAGAGGUCCAAACAUAUCUUGCCUGAGACAGAAAACAGGAUAGGAUACUGAUUUGAAUUUUUAAAAUUGGCAUCUGGAAGUUGCUUUCAUUUUCUGGAACAUACUUCAUACAGGCCAGGUGGCCAGAACUCAUUGAGGACAACAAGGUGAUGGCUGACCCAAGAGAUGUAACCACAUGAGACUACAUAAAGUGCACCAGAUGUAUCAUUCGACUAUUUAGAAGUAUCCAGCUUUUUCAAAGUUGUGAUCUGACCUGUAAUGGCGAAGUAAGGUCACUAGAACAAUUUCUUUCUUGUAUGGUUUGAUGGCUUUCUUAUCUGACCCAAACCAAGGUAGUUGUUCUUUACCAACACAAAAAAGGAUUGUGGAUGACGCUGCCUUGGAAUGCCAUCUCCAAUUCACUAACACGUGAAAGAAACCUGAUGAAUAUCAAUCACAAAGACUCAGAAAGUAUCACUGAUGUUUGCUCCAAUGAGGAUCUCCCUGAAGUUGAAUUGGUGAGCCUGCUAGAAGAACAGCUUCCCCAAUACAAGCUCCGAGUGGAUUCCCUCUUCUUAUAUGAGAAUCAAGACUGGACUCAGUCUCCCCAUCAGAAUCAGCAUGACUCUGAUGCUAUCUCUCCUGUCCUUGCUGAAGAGACUUUCCGUUAUAUGAUUCUAGGAACAGACAGGGUGGAGCAGAUGACCAAAACUUACAAUGACAUUGACAUGGUCACACACCUUCUGGCUGAGAGAGAUCGGGACCUAGAGCUAGCAGCUCGUAUUGGACAAGCUCUCUUGAAGAGAAACCAUGUUCUGUCUGAACAGAAUGAAACACUUGAAGAGCAGUUGGGACAAGCCUUUGAUCAAGUUAAUCAACUGCAGCAUGAGUUGUCUAAGAAAGAUGAAUUACUUCGAAUUGUCUCCAUUGCUUCUGAAGAGAGUGAAACUGAUUCCAGCUGUUCUACACCACUUAAAUUCAAUGAAUCCUUCAGCCUAUCUCAAGGUCUGUUGCAGCUGGACAUGCUACAAGAAAAACUCAAGGAACUGGAGGAAGAGAAUUUGGCUCUCCGAUCUAAGGCUUGUGACAUAAAGACUGAAACAAUUACUUAUGAAGAGAAGGAACAGCAACUUGUCAAUGACUGUGUUAAAGAACUCCGUGAAACCAAUGCACAGAUGUCCAGGAUGACAGAGGAGUUAUCAGGGAAGAGUGAUGAACUGAUUCGAUACCAGGAAGAAAUCUCCUCCCUUCUGUCUCAGAUAGUUGACCUUCAGCACAAACUGAAAGAACAUGUGAUUGAAAAAGAGGAACUGAGGCUUCACCUACAAGCUUCCAAAGAUGCCCAAAGACAGCUGACAAUGGAGCUGCAUGAGUUACAGGAUCGGAAUGCUGAGUGUCUGGGAAUGCUACAUGAAUCCCAAGAAGAAGUAAAGGAACUCCGGAGUAGAUCCAGCCCUGCAGCACAUGUAUAUGGCCCCCAACAGUGUGGAGCAUUUUCUGCGGAAUCUCUAGCAGCUGAAAUUGAGGGAACCAUGCGCAAAGAACUAAGUUUAGAUGAGGAGUCUUCUCUCUGCAAACAAAAAGUGCAACAGAAGCGGGUAUUUGACACAGUCAAGGUAGCUAAUGAUGCGCGCUGCCGUUCAGCCUCGUUUCCUGCCCUGCUCCCGAUUCCAGGCUCCAAUCGCUCAAGUGUCAUCAUGACCGCAAUGCCUUUCCAGUCUGAUCUGCAACAUAUGGAAAGCAGUAAACACCUGAAUCCGAAGAGCAGCAUGGAUGACACAUCUAAGGACUCCCUAAAGAUAGAGCUGCCAGGAACCCCUGGAGUCAAUGACUUAGCAACAGCUUUGCACCGCCUCUGGCUACGCCGGCACAACUACUUAAGUGAAAAACAGUUCUUUGCUGAGGAAUGGGAACGCAAGAUGCAUGUGUUGGCUGGUGAGAAAGAAGAGGCCAGUGGCUACAGCACCCCCACAGGGAGCUUUGCCUCUCUUUGCACCAACCAGUCUGAGGUCACAGAUCUCAGUACCAGUACUAGUUGCAUUCGGGCUUUUAUGCCAGAAAAGCUACAGAUCGUCAAACCCCUUGAAGGAUCUCAGACUCUACAUCAUUGGCAGCAACUAGCACAACCAAACCUGGGAACCAUUCUUGACCCACGUCCAGGUGUCAUUACAAAAGGCUUUACUGUAUUGCCAGAAGAUGCGAUUUAUCACCUUUCUGAUUUAGAAGAAGAUGAAGAUGGGGGCAUAACAUUUCAGGUGCAGCAGCCUUUUCAAGAGGAAGGGAAACCUUCAAUGUCUAAGCCAGUGCCCAGUAUCUUCCUACCACCUAUUACUUCCACAAGUGUGCCACUUACAGCCUCAAAUCCAGGAAAAUGUCUGUCUUCCACAAACUCCACCUUUACCUUUACCACCUGUAGGAUAUUACACCCUUCUGAUAUCACCCAGGUUACCCCAAGCUCCAAGUUCCCAUCAUUAUCCUGCGGAAGUACUAGUAGCAGUACGCCUAGUACCGCUAUGAAUUCCCCCGCCCUGUCCUACAGGCUCAGCAUCGGGGAAUCUGUCACCAGUCGACGAGAUUCCACAACCACCUGCAGCAGUACCAUGAGUCUGGCCAAACUUCUGCAAGAACGAGGCAUCUCUGCUAAAGUAUACCACAGCCCCAUUUCAGAGAACCCUCUCAUCCUACCAGCCAUUAAAGUCCCAGCCAUUCCCUCCACCCCACCAAAUUCUCCGUCCCGUUCACCUUGUUCAUCUCCUUUGCCUUUUGAACCCCGGGCACAAAUCUCUGAAAAUUUUCUUGCCUCUCGACCAGCUGAAACAUUCCUACAGGAGAUGUAUGGCUUGAGGCCUUCCAAGACCCCUCCAGAUAUUGGCCAGUUGAAGAUGAACCUAGUGGACAGACUAAAGAGGCUUGGAAUAGCCAGGGUCAUCAAGACCCCUGAGAUGAAGGAAAAUGGAAAAAGCCAACAAGGGACAGAAAUUGGUCUGCGAAGACCAGACUCUGCUGCCUUUUUAAAUGCAAGUAGCAAUUUAUUGGGUGGCCUCAGGAGGAACCAGAGUCUUCCAGUCAUGAUGGGUAGCUUUGGAGCCCCAGUUUGCACAUCUUCCCCCAAAAUGGCUAUCUUGAAGGAAGACUGAAUUUUGAUAUGAAGGAUAAAUUUGUAAUGAGCAAAGUAGUCUAAUCAGAAGGAAAAAGAAAGUUGCAGAAGGAUUGUGGAUGUGAAAAUAGAAAAAGGAGGAUAAUGAAGAUGAGGAUGGUAAAAAGACCUAGGGUUUGAGUAAUUAUAAUUGAGAAAUACGUAGGCAAGAAGGAUGGAUACAGGAAUUAGAAAGGAAGAAAUAGAGAGCAAGUGUGGAGCCUCGGGGUUUCUUGACUUGAACCAAAAAAAAAAAGGUAAAGCAAAAUACAAUAAAUUUUUUUAAAUAGUAGACUAUAUCUGAAAUACACUCUGGACUUGUAUUCUCAUCCCUUUCUCAAUCACAAGUUGAGAGAAGUCAGUUUAUAGAAGCAGAGAAUGAGAGAACUUCCAUUGUCAUUUGAAAAUUCAUCCUUUUUUUCAAGGCUGGUUCCUAAACUAGGGAUUAAAGUGACAUGUCCAGGUUUUUACCUAGCAGCAUUCUUCCUAUAUGAUACUUAGAUAUGAGCAUGUCUGUCACCGGUUUUUUUCACAGUUGAAACAAAAAAGCUAGGAAAUUUUCCUGUUCAUCAAAUCAGAGGAAGCCCAUGUUUCUUUCUGCUUCAAGCAAAUAGGAGAAUUAUACUGAGCACAAGCACUCUUCCAAUUUUUUUUUGUAUUUGUAGCCAUCUUUACAGUUUUUUAAAAUGUAUUUUUGUACUAUGCGGAAAGCCAAUGCCCUUCUUCCUUGUUACUUUCUUUUUCCAUUUUAGCAAGCUUAGUAAAUGAGCCAAUGAAAUCUAUUACCCGAAUUUCCUUUUGGAGAAGUGCAAUGGUCAAGAUAUGAACAUAAUUAGUGUCUCACAGGUCUCCUUGGAGGCUGGGACGAGUAUAAAGAAAAAGUGCAAUCCAUAGGAAUCGGGGGAUGUUUUUUGUUUUUUGUUUUUAAUAAAUGUUGUUGCAACUUUGGAAAGGAAUCAUUCCAAAGUGGGCUAUGCAUAUUUUAAUGAAAGAAUACUUGCUUUUGCACAAAUAAAUUCUCAGGCACGUUGAGUUGUUAGGAACUGAAAAAAUAACCAGAGACAACACUACCCAGGUACUUACUUUGGGGUUGUGUUUUGAUUUUAUUUAAUCUAAAUGAAAAAUAUAACACAAAAUAAGGACCAAUCAGGGAGUUGUUCUGCUAUGUCUGCUUAGUGAAAUCAAUCCCUUUCUCCAAGAAUGAGCUUUUUAAAGGGCAGAUCAAAUGAAACCUGCUGAAGCAGGUUGCCUUUGCUCUUCUGGAUGGGUUUCCUUUAUUCUUCAUCAGCAGACACUUUGGUGUUAGGUCUCAAAUGCCAAUACAAAAUGCAAAGUUGUGACAGGAAGAAAGUAGGUCUGUUUUUUCCCAGGCCUACUGAAUAACUUCUGCACCUCCAUGCAUUAUGAUAUCAUCAUUUGAUUAGGACAGUUUGUAUAAAUGGAACCAUCUAACAGAUAUGAUUGACAAAAAAGAUGAACAGAAAUGACUUAUUACCCUUCUUGUUUACCCUUUUUGGAAAAGACAGGAAAGCACAAGCCUCUGGUGCUGACUUGCAUGAGUUGUACCAUUUUGCCUCUUAUGGUAAUUUUGUGGAUGACCCUGAUUUGGUGGAAAGAGGACUUCCAUGAUGAACUUUUUGCCUACAAUAAUUAUGCUGUCCAUGGGACCUAUGAUUAACCUGCUUGUCAGCAAGCAGAUUCUUUACCGCUUUGGCUGCCAGAGGCUCCUCGUCAAUUUAAGUAGCUGUAGACUCAGCCAUAAACGUAAAAACCUCAGAUGGUAUAGGUCAGGAAAAAUAAUCAACUAAUACUUGCACACAGUCAAUCAUGUGAACUUUUGAUCCUUUUAGUAUUUUUGUGGUAUAUUUUGAUACAACUUCAAAUUUUCUAAAUGAUACUUAAAAAAAAAGUGAGGACAACUUCCUCUUCCUUCCAUCUUGUGCCUAAAUAAAGAAUGCAGUCACAUGUUCUUAAAGGGGUACCAAAUGUGGGCAUAAACAAGCUGACACAAGCCUGUCCCCUAAAUAAAGGAUGCUAAAAGAAAAAUCUUAGUUGCUGAAAUGACAAAAAACAAAAACCAAAAACCUCCUUUUUUAAAAAGGGCAUUUGAAUUUGUAUUACUUCAAGGAACUGUGUGGGCUUCUUACUUUUUUUAGUCAGAGAUUUUUUUUCUUUUCCCUCAAAUGAACCAGAUUUCUAAUAUGUCCUUUUGCUAAGGUAUUUAUGACUUCUGAAAGAUGUCAAGAAGAGUGGAGCAGCAUGGGACCCAGAAAACCGCACAAAGUAUCAGAUGUCAGGUUUCUGUAGUCUAUGAUAUAAAUAUCUAUAAACUAAGCUAGAUUUUGAAGUGUUCUAUAUUAAGGAAAAUCCAAUCCAAUUCAUAUGUACAUCCCCCCCCCCCACCCCCCAACUAACCUCUGUAGGAAAUAGUCAAGAAUUAGCUUAGCAGCUAAGUUAGCAAAAGUUUGAAAGACAGACUUUAAGAUGGCUAGGUCAGCAUUCAGCCAGAAACACAGGGGUACAUACCGGUCUGUUGGUUAAGAAGUGGAUCUGUGUAAGAAGUCAGGUGGACAAAUUGUGAAAGCUAGCAAAAAUGUACCAUCUGAGAAACUGGGCCACAUCAGGAUUUGGUGACAAGAAAUGAGUUUUCGGUGGCCAGAAAGCCUCCUAGACUUGUCCAUUGCUGCUGUUACUACUCAGAUAUUUUUGCUGUUUUCACAUCUUGCAUGUUGGACUUGAAGACCAAUGUCAAAAACAAUUUUUUUUCCCUUUCUGUCCUCUCAAGGAAAUUUCCUGUGUCUAAUUUUGAGUAGAAGUUGGUCCUGUUAGCUAACAGGCUAACUACCUAAACUCAAAAUAAAAACCAACUGUAAAGCUUCUGGAGAAAAGUUAAUGGCAAUAUUAGAGUAGCAUAAGCACCUGGUUUGACUGCUGUACGUUCCAACGGAAAUUUGGCAGGAAGGUGCAAAAUUCGAGAUAGGAAACACAUCAGAAGAGGGUUACUCUUCAGGGAGGGCCAACUCCGAGAUAUGUAUCUGAUACAGUAUUCGAGUAGUAUUAAUUCUGACGAUGAAAGAAUAUGUGCAUUCUCUGUUUCUGGUCUUAACGUCUGGCUACCUCCACUUGAUGUCAAAUGUGUAAUACACGUGGAUUAAACUCUGUCUAGCACAGCAGUGAAAUGCAUUUGUGUAUGCAGAAGUGAUUGCAGCCAAGAGAGCGGCAAAAGGCAGGUGACUGCUGGCUAACAUCGUCUAAUAUUUAGGAAUGUGGGCUGUUUUCAGACAGCUUUGUGCACUUGACUUUAUUUAUGGAAUGUAAAUCAGAUAAUAAACAUGUACAUCUUUCUUUUUAAA